CUACUCGAUCCAUUAAUAUUGUUUACAAUUUGAAAUAAAUACAUUUUUCUGAAGCUGAAUGUAGAACUGAAACAUAUUUCUUUUCUCUUUCAGAUGCACUAAGAAAACUGGAAAGAAGCCCACCUGACCACUCAGUAUAUAAGCCUGAAAUGAUAGCACUUCAUUAUUACCUUUAGGCAAAAGAUGUGUGUGAAGAACAGCAUAACAAAAAAUAAUUUAACGGAGGGUUAUUCAGUCCCUCUAGGAGUGAUCUUGGGAGGCAUCUCAUUAACCACUGUUGUCAUGAAUAUUUUGGUCCUUUAUGCAGUGAAAUCAGAAAAGAAACUUCACACUGUUGGCAAUCUUUACAUUGUCAGUCUAUCCUGUGCAGACCUUGUUGUUGGUGCAGUUGUCAUGCCACUGAAUGUUUUAUAUCUUUUGAAGAAUGAGUGGCUGUUAGGUAGACAAGCUUGCCUGUUUUGGCUAUCCAUGGAUUACGUGGCCAGCACAGCCUCGAUAUUCAGUCUCUUCAUACUCUGCAUAGAUCGUUACCGUUCUGUCCAGCAGCCACUGAAAUAUCUCAAAUACCGGACAAAAACUAGAGCUUCUAUCAUGAUUUCUGGAGCUUGGCUGCUCUCUUUUAUGUGGGUAAUCCCAAUUUUUGGCUGGCCUACCUCUACCCAUAAUAAUAGCACAGGAGAUGAGGUUGAAGUAUGUGAAACAGAUUUUUGCAAAGUCACCUGGUUUAAGGUCUUGACAGCUAUAGCAAACUUCUACAUCCCAUCAUUGAUGAUGCUGUUUUUCUAUGCAAAAAUAUACACGGCUGUCCGGAGGCAUUGUCAGCACAGAGAGCUAAUUAAUGGAUCAUUCAGAUCAGUCUCAGAAAAAACAACCCCACACAGUUGCAAGCUGCAAGAAAUUCAAGAGAUGUGUUCACUAAGUGAAAGUAAAAAUAUAGAAAGUAAAAAUAUAGAAAUUCAAGAGAUGUGUUCACUAAGUGAAAGUAAAUAUAUAGGAUUUCACAGUCAUGAACAUGACACUCACAAGGACAGAACGGAAGUCCCACUUCCAUCAAGCAGCUUUUUUGAAAUAUCACAAGUACUGUAUAGAGGAAGUGCCCAUGAAAUAGGGAAGCACAGCUGCUUUCCUCUGACUAUUGCACAGAAUGACAUUGUGGCAAGCAAAAUUGAUAGGAAGUAUGCCAGUGUUAAUGAAAGCAUUCAAAGUAUAGAGAAGCCUUGCCCCCAAGAACAUGAAAGAAGUGAAUCAUCAUACGAUCAUACCUUUGCAGAAAGAUCUUCCUACAGAAGAGAUUCAGAUCCCAAUCUGGAGCAAAAUUUUGAUAUCAAGAGGCACUUACCUCAGUUUAAAAACAGCAAGGAUAGCACAAGUCUCCGUUCUUUGAAAAAGGUGUGGGGAAAGCUGCGUACUCAUUCUCUGAGCCAUAAUCAAGGGCUGCGUGUGAACAGAGAAAGAAAGGCAGCUAAACAGCUAGGGUGUAUAAUGGCAGCCUUUAUGCUGUGCUGGAUUCCAUACUUUGUAUUAUUUAUGGUCAUGGCAUAUUGUGAAAGCUGUUACAAAUACCACAUUCAUAUGUUUACAAUCUGGCUUGGCUAUGUGAAUUCUACAUUAAAUCCAUUUAUAUACCCACUUUGUAAUGAAAACUUCAAGAAAACGUUCAAAAAGAUUUUUCAUAUUAAAAGCUAAUCUCUCUUGAUGAUAGUUGUAUUCAGGGGGGAGUACUACAGUGACAAAA